AUGCACGCAGCAAGUACCCCGCACUGCUCGGCACAUGUUUUUGGCCAGUGGAUGCCAUCGUUGACAGAGGCCGGCAGAAUUGUACAGGUUCUGGACUAUAUAAGCGGCAAGGCUGUGCCGCAAUUUUGGUUGUCGGUGGUUGACCACCGCAAGAGCUUGCCCUCUUCACCGCCAUUGAUCGUGCCAAUGCACGAGGCUGGAGAUUGCGGUCGGCGGUGCGCCUGGAGUGAAGCGAGAGGGGGCAGGCCAUCUCAGAAGGCGGCGGGACUUCUCAGAGGCCCUCCAGCCUUCGGAGAGGCCCUCUGUGCUUAG